GCAGCAAAAAACGAGUCCAGCAAGUUAGAAAAAAUUCCAAGUCCAGUUUUCCGUCUUCGUACAAAAACACCUCUGCCCAGGAGUUGAUCAUCUUUAGUUCUCAGAAAGAGAGGAGUUAUUUGUACAUAUUUUUUCAUCUGAGCAGUCUACUGGUCCUAGCAGACACAACAUCUCUGAUAUUCUCAGAGACCUAAAAGGACAUGGAUAUGAAGCCUCUGAUGAUUCUCCUCCUGCUAGCAGCAGCUGGUACCACCACCGCCUCUGUAGCAGCUGUAAUGACCACCGCCCGUGCUGCUACUGUCACCACCACCCGUCCUGCAGCAGCUGUCACCACUACCGCUCCUUCAGCAGCUGUCACCACGACCGUGGCUGUCACCACGACAGCCCCUGCAGCAGCUGUCACCACGAAAGCCCCUGGAGAAGAUUGUAUCACCCGUCCUGCAGCAGCUGUCACCACCACCGCCACUGAAACAGCUGUCACCACCACCGCUCCUGCAGCAGCUGUCACCACCAUCACUCCUUCAGCAGCUGUCACCACGAAAGCCCCUGGAGAAGAUUGUAUCACCCGUCCUGCAGCAGCUGUCACCACCACCGCCACUGAAACAGCUGUCACCACCACCGCUCCUGCAGCAGCUGUCACCACCAUCACUCCUUCAGCAGCUGUCACCACGAAAGCCCCUGGAGAAGAUUGUAUCACCCGUCCUGCAGCAGCUGUCACCACCACCGCCCCUGCAGCAGCUGUCACCACCACCCGUCCUGCAGCAGCUUUCACCACUUACCCCCCAGCAGCAGCUGGUACCACCACCGCCCCUGCAGCAGCUGUCACCACCACCCGUCCUGCAGCAGCUGUCACCACCACUGCCCCUGCAGCAGCUGUCACCACCACCAGUCCUGCAGCAGCUGUCACCACCACCCGUCCUGCAGCAGCUGUCACCACUACCGCUCCUUCAGCAGCUGUCACCACGACCGCCCCAGCAGCAGCUGGUACCACCACCAUCCCUGCAGCAGCUGUCACCACCACACGUCCUGCAGCAGCUGUCACCACCACCGCCCCUGCAGCUGCUGUUACCACCACCGCCCCAGCAGCUGCUGUUACCACGACCGCCCCAGCAGCAGCUGGUACCACCACCAUCCCUGCAGCAGCUGUCACCACCACACGUCCUGCAGCAGCUGUCACCACCACCGCCCCUGCAGCUGCUGUUACCACCACCGCCCCAGCAGCUGCUGUUACCACCACCGCCCCAGCAGCAGCUGGUACCACCACCGCCCCUGCAGCAGCUGUCACCACCACCCGUCCUGCAGCAGCUGUCACCACCACCGCCCCUGCAGCAGCUGUCACCACCACCAGUCCUGCAGCAGCUGUCACCACCACCCGUCCUGCAGCAGCUGUCACCACUACCGCUCCUUCAGCAGCUGUCACCACGACCGCCCCAGCAGCAGCUGGUACCACCACCAUCCCUGCAGCAGCUGUCACCACCACACGUCCUGCAGCAGCUGUCACCACCACCGCCCCUGCAGCUGCUGUUACCACCACCGCCCCAGCAGCAGCUGGUACCACCACCGCCCCUGCAGCAGCUGUCCCCACCACCCGUCCUGCAGCAGCUGUCACAACCACCAUCCCUGCAGCAGCUGUCACCACCACACGUCCUGCAGCAGCUGUCACCACCACCGCCCCUGCAGCUGCUGUUACCACCACCGCCCCAGCAGCUGCUGUUACCACGACCGCCCCAGCAGCAGCUGGUACCACCACCAUCCCUGCAGCAGCUGUCACCACCACACGUCCUGCAGCAGCUGUCACCACCACCGCCCCUGCAGCUGCUGUUACCACCACCGCCCCAGCAGCUGCUGUUACCACCACUGCCCCAGCAGCAGCUGGUACCACCACCGCCCCUGCAGCAGCUGUCACCACCACCCGUCCUGCAGCAGCUGUCACCACCACCGCCCCUGCAGCAGCUGUCACCACCACCAGUCCUGCAGCAGCUGUCACCACCACCCGUCCUGCAGCUGCUGUUACCACCACCGCCCCAGCAGCUGCUGUUACCACGACCGCCCCAGCAGCAGCUGGUACCACCACCAUCCCUGCAGCAGCUGUCACCACCACACGUCCUGCAGCAGCUGUCACCACCACCGCCCCUGCAGCUGCUGUUACCACCACCGCCCCUGCAGCUGCUGUUACCACCACCGCCCCAGCAGCUGCUGUUACCACGACCGCCCCAGCAGCAGCUGGUACCACCACCAUCCCUGCAGCAGCUGUCACCACCACACGUCCUGCAGCAGCUGUCACCACCACCGCCCCUGCAGCUGCUGUUACCACCACCGCCCCAGCAGCUGCUGUUACCACCACCGCCCCAGCAGCAGCUGGUACCACCACCGCCCCUGCAGCAGCUGUCACCACCACCCGUCCUGCAGCAGCUGUCACCACCACCGCCCCUGCAGCAGCUGUCACCACCACCAGUCCUGCAGCAGCUGUCACCACCACCCGUCCUGCAGCUGCUGUUACCACCACCGCCCCAGCAGCUGCUGUUACCACGACCGCCCCAGCAGCAGCUGGUACCACCACCAUCCCUGCAGCAGCUGUCACCACCACACGUCCUGCAGCAGCUGUCACCACCACCGCCCCUGCAGCUGCUGUUACCACCACCGCCCCAGCAGCAGCUGGUACCACCACCGCCCCUGCAGCAGCUGUCACCACCACCCGUCCUGCAGCAGCUGUCACCACCACCACCCCUGCAGCAGCUGUUACCACCACCGCCCCAGCAGCAGCUGGUACCACCACCGCCCCUGCAGCAGCCGUCACCACCACCCGUCCUGCAGCAGCUGUCACCACCACCGCCCCUGCAGCAGCUGUCACCACCACCAGUCCUGCAGCAGCUGUCACCACCACCCGUCCUGCAGCAGCUGUCACCACUACCGCUCCUUCAGCAGCUGUCACCACGACCGCCCCAGCAGCAGCUGGUACCACCACCAUCCCUGCAGCAGCUGUCACCACCACACGUCCUGCAGCAGCUGUCACCACCACCGCCCCUGCAGCUGCUGUUACCACCACCGCCCCAGCAGCUGCUGUUACCACGACCGCCCCAGCAGCAGCUGGUACCACCACCAUCCCUGCAGCAGCUGUCACCACCACACGUCCUGCAGCAGCUGUCACCACCACCGCCCCUGCAGCUGCUGUUACCACCACCGCCCCAGCAGCUGCUGUUACCACCACCGCCCAGCUGUCAGCAGCAGCUGUCCUGCAGCAGCUGUCACCACCACCCGUCCUGCAGCAGCUGUCACCACUACCGCUCCUUCAGCAGCUGUCACCACGACCGCCCCAGCAGCAGCUGGUACCACCACCAUCCCUGCAGCAGCUGUCACCACCACACGUCCUGCAGCAGCUGUCACCACCACCGCCCCUGCAGCUGCUGUUACCACCACCGCCCCAGCAGCAGCUGGUACCACCACCGCCCCUGCAGCAGCUGUCACCACCACCCGUCCUGCAGCAGCUGUCACCACCACCGCCCCUGCAGCAGCUGUUACCACCACCGCACCAGCAGCAGCUGUCACCACUUACCCCCCAGCAGCAGCUGGUACCACCACCACCCCUGCAGCAGCUGGUACCACCACUGCCCCUGCAGCAGCUGCAGCUGUCACCACCACCGCCCCUGCAGCAGCUGUCACCACCACCGCCCCUGCUGCAGCUGGUAAAACCACCGCCCCUGCGUAGCUGGUACCACCACCACCCCUGCAGCAGCUGUCACCACCACAGCCCCUGCAGCAGCUGGACCCACCACCAGUCCUGCAGCAGCUGUCACCACCACCCGCCCCUGCAGCAGCUGGUACCACCACCAGUCCUGCAGCAGCUGUCACCACCACCCGUCCCUGGUACCACCACCUCCCCUGCAGCAGCUGUCACCACCACCGCACCUGCAGCAGAUGGUACCAGCACCGCCCCUGCAGCAGCUGGUACCUACAUCGCCCCUGCAGCAGCUUGUACCACCAUCGCCCCUGCAGCAGCUGGUACCACCAUUGCCCCUGCAGCAGCUGGUACCACCAUCGCCCCUGCAGCAGCUGGUACCACCACCAACCCUUCAGCAGCUGUAACCACCACCGCCCCAGCAGCAGCUCUCACAACCACCACAUCUGCAGCAGCAGGUACCACCACCGCCCCUGCAGCAGCAGGUACCACCACCACUCCUGCAGCAGCUCUCACAGCAGCAGCUGGUACCACCACCGCCCCCACCAGCUGCAGCAGCUGUCACCACCACUGCCCCUGCAGCAGCUGGUACCACCACCGCCCCUGCAGCAGCUGGUACCACCACCGCCCCAGCAGCAGCUGGUACAACCACCACCAGUCCUGCAGCAGCUGUCACCACAACUGCCCCUGCAGCAGCUGUCACCACCACCACCCCAGCAGCAGCUGUCACCACCACCCGUCCUGCAGCAGCUGUCACCACGACCGCCCCUGCAGCAGCUGUCACCACCACCGCUCCUGCAGCAGCUGUCACCACAACCGCCCCUGCAGCAGCUGUCACCACAACCGCCCUUGGCGAAGAUUGUAUCACCAGUCCUGCAGCAGCUGUCACCACAACCGCCCCUGCAGCAGCUGUUACCACCACCACUCCUUCAGCAGCUGUCACCACGAAAGCCCCUGGAGAAGAUUGUAUCACCAGUCCUGCAGCAGCUGUUACCACCACCAGUCCUGCAGCAGCUGUCACCACCACUGCCCCUUCAGCAGCUGUUACCACCACCCGUCCUGCAGCAGCUGUCACCCCCACCACUCCUUCAGCAGCUGUCACCACCACCGCCCCUGCAGCAGCUGUCACCACCACUGCCCCUUCAGCAGCUGUUACCACCACCCGUCCUGCAGCAGCUGUCACCACCACCGCUCCUUCAGCAGCUGUCACCACCACCGCCCCUGCAGCAGCUGGUACCACCACCGCCCCAGCAGCAGCUGGUACAACCACCACCAUUCUUGCAGCAGCUGUCACCACAACCGCCCCUGCAGCAGCUGGUACCACCUCGACUCCUUCAGCAGCUGUCACCACGACCGCCCCUGGAGAAGAUUGUAUCACCAGUCCUGCAGCAGCUGUUACCACCACCAGUCCUGCAGCAGCUGUCACCACCACUGCCCCUUCAGCAGCUGUUACCACCACCCGUCCUGCAGCAGCUGUCACCACACCACUCCUUCAGCAGCUGUCACCACCACCGCCCCUGCAGCAGCUGUCACCACCACUGCCCCUUCAGCAGCUGUUACCACCACCCGUCCUGCAGCAGCUGUCACCACCACCGCUCCUUCAGCAGCUGUCACCACCACCGCCCCUGCAGCAGCUGUCACCACCACCGCUCCUUCAGCAGCUGUCACCAACACCGCCCCUGCAGCAGCUGUCACCACCACCGCCCCAGCAGCAGCUGGUACAACCACCUCGACUCCUUCAGCAGCUGUCACCACGACCGCCCCUGGAGAAGAUUGUAUCACCAGUCCUGCAGCAGCUGUUACCACCACCAGUCCUGCAGCAGCUGUCACCACCACUGCCCCUUCAGCAGCUGUUACCACCACCCGUCCUGCAGCAGCUGUCACCACCACCACUCCUUCAGCAGCUGUCACCACCACCGCCCCUGCAGCAGCUGUCACCACCACUGCCCCUUCAGCAGCUGUUACCACCACCCGUCCUGCAGCAGCUGUCACCACCACCGCUCUUUCAGCAGCUGUCACCACCACCGCCCCUGCAGCAGCUGUCACCACCACCGCUCCUUCAGCAGCUGUCACCAACACCGCCCCUGCAGCAGCUGUCACCACCACCGCCCCUGCAGCAGCAGUCACCACCACUGCCCCUUCAGCAACUGUCACCAACACCGCCCCUGCAGCAGCUGUCACCACCACCGCCCCUGCAGCAGCAGUCACCACCACUGCCCCUUCAGCAGCUGUUACCACCACCCGUCCUGCAGCAGCUGUUACCACCACCAGUCCUGUAGCAGCUGUCACCACCACUGCCCCUGCAGCAGCUGGUACCACCACCGCCCCAGCAGCAGCUGGUACAACCACCACCAGUCCUGCAGCAGCUGUCACCACAACCGCCCCUGCAGCAGCUGUCACCACCACCACCCCAGCAGCAGCUGUCACCACCACCCGUCCUGCAGCAGCUGUCAGCACCACCCGUCCUGCAGCAGCUGUCACCACCACCAGUCCUGCAGCAGCUGUCACCACCACCGCCCCUGCAGCAGCUGUCACCACCACCGCCCCUGCAGCAGCUGGUACCACCACCGCCCCAGCAGCAGCUGGUACAACCACCACCAGUCCUGCAGCAGCUGUCACCACAACCGCCCCUGCAGCAGCUGUCACCACCACUACCCCAGCAGCAGCUGUCACCACCACCCGUCCUGCAGCAGCUGUCACCACCACCGCCCCUGCAGCAGCUGUCACCACCACUACCCCAGCAGCAGCUGUCAGCACCACCAGUCCUGCAGCAGCUGUCACCACCACCGCCCCUGCAGCAGCUGGUACCACCACCGCCCCAGCAGCAGCUGGUACAACCACCACCAGUCCUGCAGCAGCUGUCACCACAACCGCCCCUGCAGCAGCUGUCACCACCACCACCCCAGCAGCAGCUGUCACCACCACCAGUCCUGCAGCAGCUGUCACCACCACCGCCCCUGCAGCAGCUGGUACCACCACCGCCCCAGCAGCAGCUGGUACAACCACCACCAGUCCUGCAGCAGCUGUCACCACAACCGCCCCUGCAGCAGCUGUCACCACCACCGCCCCUUCAGCAGCUGUUACCACCACCCGUCCUGCAGCAGCUGUUACCACCACCAGUCCUGUAGCAGCUGUCACCACCACCGCCCCUGCAGCAGCUGUCACCACCACCGCCCCUGCAGCAGCAGUCACCACCACUGCCCCUUCAGCAGCUGUUACCACCACCCGUCCUGCAGCAGCUGUUACCACCACCAGUCCUGUAGCAGCUGUCACCACCACUGCCCCUGCAGCAGCUGGUACCACCACCGCCCCAGCAGCAGCUGGUAAAACCACCACCAGUCCUGCAGCAGCUGUAACCACAACCGCCCCUGCAGCAGCUGUCACCACCACCACCCCAGCAGCAGCUGUCACCACCACCCGUCCUGCAGCAGCUGUCAGCACCACCCGUCCUGCAGCAGCUGUCACCACCACCCGUCCUGCAGCAGCUCUCACCACCACCGCCCCUGCAGCAGCUGUUACCACCACCAGUCCUGCAGCAGCUGUCACCACAACCGCCCCUGCAGCAGCUGUCACCACCACCACCCCAGCAGCAGCUGUCACCACCACCCGUCCUGCAGCAGCUGUCAGCACCACCCGUCCUGCAGCAGCUGUCACCACCACCCGUCCUGCAGCAGCUCUCACCACCACCGCCCCUGCAGCAGCUGUUACCACCACCCGUCCUGCAGCAGCUGUCACCACCACCCGUCCUGCAGCAGCUCUCACCACCACCGCCCCUGCAGCAGCUGUCACCACCACCAGUCCUGCAGCAGCUGUCACCACCACCGCCCCUGCAGCAGCUGUCACCACCACCGCCCCUGCAGCAGCUGGUACCACCACCGCCCCAGCAGCAGCUGGUACAACCACCACCAGUCCUGCAGCAGCUGUCACCACAACCGCCCCUGCAGCAGCUGUCACCACCACUACCCCAGCAGCAGCUGUCACCACCACCCGUCCUGCAGCAGCUGUCACCACCACCGCCCCUGCAGCAGCUGUCACCACCACUACCCCAGCAGCAGCUGUCAGCACCACCAGUCCUGCAGCAGCUGUCACCACCACCGCCCCUGCAGCAGCUGGUACCACCACCGCCCCAGCAGCAGCUGGUACAACCACCACCAGUCCUGCAGCAGCUGUCACCACAACCGCCCCUGCAGCAGCUGUCACCACCACCACCCCAGCAGCAGCUGUCACCACCACCAGUCCUGCAGCAGCUGUCACCACCACCGCCCCUGCAGCAGCUGGUACCACCACCGCCCCAGCAGCAGCUGGUACAACCACCACCAGUCCUGCAGCAGCUGUCACCACAACCGCCCCUGCAGCAGCUGUCACCACCACCGCCCCUUCAGCAGCUGUUACCACCACCCGUCCUGCAGCAGCUGUUACCACCACCAGUCCUGCAGCUGUCACCACCACCGCCCCUGCAGCAGCUGUCACCACCACCGCCCCUGCAGCAGCAGUCACCACCACUGCCCCUUCAGCAGCUGUCACCACCACCCGUCCUGCAGCAGCUGUUACCACCACCAGUCCUGUAGCAGCUGUCACCACCACUGCCCCUGCAGCAGCUGGUACCACCACAGCAGCAGCUGGUAAAACCACCACCAGUCCUGCAGCAGCUGUCACCACAACCGCCCCUGCAGCAGCUGUCACCACCACCACCCCAGCAGCAGCUGUCACCACCACCCGUCCUGCAGCAGCUGUCAGCACCACCCGUCCUGCAGCAGCUGUCACCACCACCCGUCCUGCAGCAGCUCUCACCACCACCGCCCCUGCAGCAGCUGUUACCACCACCAGUCCUGCAGCAGCUGUCACCACAACCACCCCUGCAGCAGCUGGUACCACCACCGCCCCAGCAGCAGCUGGUACAACCACCACCAGUCCUGCAGCAGCUGUCACCACAACCGCCCCUGCAGCAGCUGUCACCACCACCACCCCAGCAGCAGCUGUCACCACCACCCGUCCUGCAGCAGCUGUCACCACGACCACCCCUGCAACAGCUGUCAACACCACCCGUCCUGCAGCAGCUGUCACCACCAAAGCUCCUUCAACAGCUGCCACCAUCACCCGUCCUGCAGCAGCUGUCACCACCACCCGUCCUGCAGCAGCUCUCACCACCAUCGCCCCUGCAGCAGCUGGUACCACCAUCGCCCCUGCAGCAGCUGGUACCACCAUCGCCCCUGCAGCAGCUGGUACCACCAUCAGCAGCUGGUACCACCACCAACCCUUCAGCAGCUGUAACCACCACCGCCCCAGCAGCAGCUCUCACAACCACCACAUCUGCAGCAGCUGUCACAACCACCACCCCUGCAGCAGCUGGUACCACCACCGCCCCUGCAGCAGCUGUCACCACCACCACCCCAGCAGCAGCUGGUACCACCACUGCACCUGCAGCAGUAUGGGAGAAUGA